AUGUCACAAACAACACAGUCAAUCUCCUAUUCAGGAGAUGUCGAGAGAAAUGAAGGUCUGGAGCCCACGAAUCUGAAGGAGGUCGAUCCCUCUGAGAAACCCUCCGACCCAACUGGAUCAUCAAUUACAGAGAAAAAGCCCGAUAUCGAAUAUCCCCCUCUUCGAACAGUCAUAGUGGUUAUGCUCGGCUUGUACAUCUCGAUGUUCUUGGUAGCCCUGGAUCGCAUCAUCAUCUCAACAGCCGUGCCUAAGAUCACGGACGAGUUUCAUUCGAUAGGAGACAUCGGCUGGUAUGGCAGCGCCUACGUGCUCGCCAGCUGCGCGACUCAGCUACUCUUCGGUCGUUUAUACAGCUUCUACAAUGGCAAAUUUGUUUUCCUUGGCUGCAUCCUUCUGUUUGAAGUUGGAUCAGCCCUCUGUGGAGCUGCACCCAACUCCAUCGCCUUCAUCAUCGGUCGAGCAAUAGCAGGAGCUGGGUCAGCUGGAGUGUUCUCAGGAGUGAUUGUUAUCAUGAUUCCUCUUGCGCCACUUGAGAAGCGGCCAAUGUAUCAGGGGCUCCUUGGCGCCAUCUUCGGUGUCUCGUCUGUGAUUGGGCCUUUGGUUGGAGGUGCUUUCACCAAGAACGCAUCUCUCACGUGGAGGUGGUGCUUCUACAUUAAUCUCCCCAUCGGCGCGGUCUCGAUAUUCAUAGUUUUGUUUUUCCUUCAUGUUCCGCCACCUCGACAGGCAUCCCUCACCGCGAAGGAGAAGUUUUUUCGGAUGGAUCCGCUGGGCAACCUAUUCUUUGCUCCAAGCAUCAUCUGCCUCCUCUUGGCUCUCCAGUGGGGUGGUAGCACAUACGAAUGGAGUAACGGAAGAGUCAUUGCGCUCCUGGUUCUCUUUGAGGUUCUCCUCAUACUCUGGAUCAUCAUUCAGGGCCGCAGUGGGGAUAAUGCCACCGUACCAGCCCGCGUCUUCCUUCAACGCAGUAUCAUGGCCGGUUUCACUUUUUCGAAUUGCAUUGGUGGAGUCAUGCUUGCCUUCAGCUACUACAUGCCAAUCUGGUUCCAGGCUAUCGAUAACGUUGAUGCAUUACAGUCGGGUAUCCGGACCUUGCCGUUUGUCUUGGCCCUUGUUGUAGCGAGCAUCAUUGCCGGCGGCUGUGUGAGCCGCUUCGGCUACUACGCACCUUUCACGAUCGCUUGUGCCUGUCUCAUGUCCAUUGGCACUGGUCUGCUCACGACACUGAAAGUCGAUAGUGGUAGUGGCGCUUGGAUCGGCUUCCAGUUCCUCACGGGCUUUGGUAUGGGAUUUGGCAUGCAACAAUCCGGCAUCGCAGCACAAGUCGUUCUCGCGCCCGAGGAUGUGCCUAUCGGCGCAUCACUGAUGAUGUUCGGCCAGAGUCUCGGAGGCUCAGUGUUUGUGUGUGUAGCGCAGAACGUGUUUAUUCAGAAACUCGUCACAAAUCUCUCCAAAGUGUUGCCGAGCGCCAGUGCAGAGGUCUUGGCCGGCGUAGGGGCAACUGAUUUACGGCAAUUCGUGCCGGAGGACUUGUUGCCUACCGUGCUGGUGCAGUAUAAUAAGGCAGUCACAACAACGUUCUAUGUCGGUACCGCGGUUGCGUGUUUCUCGAUUGUCCCUGCUCUAGCUUUCGAGUGGAAAAGUGUUAAGGGGAAACGUGGUCCUCAGGCUGUUGAUGGCGAAGUAGCAACGAAGGAAGUCUAG